AUGGCCACCGCCCUCCGCUCCUCUUCCGCUGCCGCCGUGCACCGCUUCCUCCGCAUCUCCCGGUCCACCUUGUCAACGCUCCCGUACGCCUCACGUCCUGCUACGGUGCCGCCUUUCUCUCCCUCGAUCACCGCCAUCUCAGGUGGCUACAAUGCUUUCUCAUGGAACUUCAGGCGCUUGCUCAGUUCAAAUGAAAAACAUAUGCCUGCAAUGUCUGACCCACAAAUUGAAUCUGCUCUUAAGGAUUUGAUGGCUGCGAGCUGGAGUGAACUUCCACAUUCUCUUGUAGAGGAAGCAAAGAAAACAGUAUCCAAAUCCACUGAUGAUGCAGCAGGUCAAGAGGCUUUGAAAAAUGUAUUUCGUGCAGCUGAGGCAUGUGAAGAAUUUGGUGGAGUUUUAGUUACCCUAAGAAUGGCCCUGGAUGAUCUUUGUGGUCUAACAGGCGAGAACGUGGGCCCUUUGCCUGGUUAUGUAGAAGAUGCUGUUAAGUCCACAUAUAAUAGGUACAUGACAUAUCUGGAAUCCUUUGGGCCUGAUGAACAUUUUCUACGAAAGAAGGUGGAAAAUGAGUUGGGUACCAAAAUGAUUCACCUUAAAAUGAGAUGCAGUGGCAUAGGAUCCGAGUGGGGAAAGGAUGAUGUUCAGCGGUUGCCUUUUACUGUUGGCGUGUAUAUAGUAUUAUCAUACUCCUAA